GAAUAAAGCACUUUGGUCCGGCCCACUCUAAUGUUUGACCUUCAGGUUAGAGAUGGCAUAUUUGUAAUUUUAUUGAGACAAAAGAAACCAUAACAUAACCCUAAAACGCAGCGCCCAGCAUUCUUGAUCGCCUACUUAGCUUCAGAACCACCAUCCACAUCAGAUGAUUGAAAGACCUCGGGUGCUUCUGCGAAAACGCUAGAUUCUAAACGAUGACGAGUCCGAUUAUCCAUUCUUUCAAUCGUGACGACAAUCGAGGCAUUUGUCUGAGAGAACUCUAUUUCCUUAAUACCCUCAAUAUAUUUUUAUCUGGGUUUAUUUAUUUUUCUGAAGAACAAAGUAGUAUCCUUUGAUUUGUGAAUUUGGAGUAUUUAUAUAGAUGGUAAUGGUGUUGGGGUUUCUCUGUGAUGAUCAAACAAAGAUGACGAGUCUGAAAUUCCAUUCUUUCAAUGUGAUGACAAAUCGAGGCAUUUGUCUGAGAGAGAACUCCAUCACCCCUGUUAUCUGAAUCUGAAUGCAUUCUGUUUUAUUUUGAUUUUUUUGGUACUUAAUUGUGUUGAUUUUGUUUUUAUAUUUUUCUAGCAUUGGAUUCAAAUUCAGCCAUUUGAAACUGGCGUAAUGAUGAUGAAAUAUUCAACUCUCAAAUGUCUCAGAUGAUGAAUUGAAUACCUCCUACUCAUUCUGAAUGCCUGGUUUUUAAAUCUUUUACAUGAUGUUUGGCUUUAAAUCUUUCAUCGUUUUGCGGUUUUGAUUUCAUCUUUUGACAUGUUGAAAGAAUCAGGUCAGGUCACCCUGUGUUUGCCUAGGGUUUGAUCAUGCAGUGAUGAUGAGAAAGUGUUGCAAAUAGGUGUGAUCAUGCAGUGAUGAUAAGAAAGUGUUGCAAUUUUUUUUGAAUAAGAGAAAUUUAGAUUGAUUUUAAAUUUGUCAAGCACUCUUUUAUCUGCUAUCCGACUUCCUCCCUCUCCCGCUUCCUCUAGUAACAGUGUGUUUGUGGAUGUGAUAUUGAAAUAGGAUUCCUUGUUUGUGUUUAGUAUGUUUAGUGUGGAAGCUUGGAACUAUAUGUAAAUUUCAAGAUGUCAGGUCAAGCAACCAGAGCUUUGAAGAGUCCGUCGGAGAUGUGUAUACCAUGUCCAAGCGGGAUGUAUGAUUUUACUUGGAAGUCUUUGAAGCAAAGGAGUCGGACUUUGUCAAUUUUUAUCUUGAAGUUUGUAAUGCAAUGGUGGAUUGGUUGUGAAUUGUUUUGUUCUGUCAUCUUUUUAGUUAAAGUAUUGUACUGCCGUAGAAAUUCUUAUACUUAAUAAUAUUGUGUUUGUCCAAAACUAUUAAUCGAAUUCGGUUGGUGUUUAUAUCUAGCCAAAUAAAGCUGCUGGGUUGAGAUACCGUUUCAAGUGCUUUUGUGUUCUGUCUAAUCUCAUUCUUGUAAGUUCAGUUUCCCGUCCACUCGAGUCGGGUGUUACCAUAACCUCUUUAUGAACCUUCAGCAAGACCUUCACUUACACAUGCUUUUAUUGAUAUGGCCGGCAACCCAUAGUAUUAAGGCUCUGUGAAGCAGAGGCUUCAAAGAUCAAACUGGAAUGGCCCACAUUAUCAACUCUAAUUGCAUAAAGUGUCUAUGUCACAAUUCGGAACUUGCCACAUGGCAACCCAUAAUACCAUUGGCAUCACCUUCAAUGGGAGAAAAAAGCCUCAUCCUAUCCCUUAUCCUACUAACGCUUGCCGCGCCACCUCCUACCCAAGACUCUUCUGUUUCUUUCUUAAACGUUCUCUCCCUCUCUCUCAACUUAGUCACAACUAGGGAGAUAGAGGGAGAUGUAACAAUGGCAGCCUCACUACAAGCAGCAGCCACACUCAUGCAACCCACCAAGUUGGGGGUUCCAUCAAGAAGCAGCGUCCAACUCAGGUCCUCCCACAGCUUCUUGUCUAAGGCUUUUGGUGUGGAAUCUUGUGGUGGUAGGUUUACUUGCUCUCUCCAAACUGACUUCAAGGAAUUGGCUCAAAAGUGUGUUGAUGCUACCAAGAUUGCUGGAUUCGUUCUUGCCACCUCUGCUCUUGUUGCCUCGGGAGCAAAUGCAGAAGGGGUGGCAAAGAGGCUAACUUAUGAUGAAAUCCAGAGCAAGACAUACAUGGAAGUUAAGGGAACUGGAACUGCCAACCAGUGCCCAACAGUCGAAGGCGGAGUCGACUCAUUCGCCUUCAAGCCAGGAAAAUACGAGGCCAAGAAGUUCUGCCUAGAACCCACAUCAUUCACUGUAAAAGCCGAGGGAGUGAACAAGAAUGCCCCACCAGACUUCCAAAAGACCAAGCUCAUGACCCGCCUAACCUACACCCUUGAUGAAAUCGAGGGUCCUUUCGAGGUUUCUUCCGAUGGAACUCUCAAGUUUGAGGAGAAAGAUGGCAUUGACUACGCUGCUGUGACCGUACAGCUACCCGGCGGUGAGCGUGCGCCGUUCCUUUUCACAAUCAAGCAGCUGGUGGCAUCUGGCAAGCCAGAUAGCUUUGGAGGAGAGUAUCUUGUGCCGUCCUACCGUGGUUCUUCUUUCUUGGACCCAAAGGGACGUGGUGGUUCGACCGGAUAUGACAAUGCAGUUGCAUUGCCUGCCGGAGGCAGAGGAGAUGAGGAGGAGCUGACCAAGGAAAACAUCAAGAAUACUUCCUCUUCAACAGGAAAAAUCACUCUUAGUGUGACUAACAGCAAGCCAGAGACCGGAGAGGUGAUUGGGGUUUUUGAGAGCCUGCAGCCAUCAGACACUGAUUUGGGAGCUAAGGUUCCAAAGGAUGUAAAGAUCCAGGGUGUCUGGUAUGCCCAGCUUGACAAGCAGUAAGAGUGAACGUAUUUUUGUUUCCUUUCGUUGAUCAAAUUUUGUUUUUGUUGCCAAAACUUAAUUCCUGUGACUCAUUGAGAAUCACCAACGUUGUUGUCUUCUGUGUAUAUCAUUGUGGCUUCUUGCAAUAUUGUUUUCAAGCCUUGGAAAAGUUUCA